GUCAACAGUAAACUGUAUACGUGAGUUUACUGAUGAAAACUGCUUUAUUCACCCUUUAAACAACAUUGAAACCAUCUGAUAAAUCGACUUAUUCUCAGUAACACGUAGAAUAUAUAUAUAAAACGCCAAAAUGAACGUGACUCUUGCUGUGAAACAGUACAUUUCCAAAAUGAUAGAGAGCAGCGGACCUGGGAUGAAGGUGCUGCUGAUGGACAAGGAGACGACCAGUAUAGUGAGCGUGGUCUACACACAGUCUGAGAUCCUGCAGAAGGAAGUUUACCUUUUUGAGCGCAUCGACUCACAAAACCGAGACAACAUGAAGCAUCUUAAGGCGAUAUGCUUUCUCCGCCCGACCAAGGAGAACGUAGAGCACCUGAUUCAAGAGCUUCGGCGGCCCAAAUAUAGUGUCUAUUUCAUCUAUUUCAGUAACGUGAUCAGUAAGAGCGAAGUAAAGGCUUUGGCUGAGGCAGAUGAACAGGAAGUAGUUGCAGAAGUGCAGGAAUUCUAUGGAGAUUUCAUUGCCGUGAACCCACAUCUUUUCUCUCUAAACCUUCAAGGAGUAUCCAGGGGUCGCAGUUGGGAGCCCAGUGUUCUUCCUCGUGUCACUCAAGGUUUGACAUCAGUUCUGCUAUCCCUGAAGAAAUGCCCCAUGAUCCGCUACCAGCUCUCGUCUGACAUGUCUAAAAGACUGGCGGAGAGCGUCAAACAAAUCAUUACUAAGGAGUACGAACUGUUUGACUUCAGAAAAACAGAAGUGCCUCCUCUUCUGCUGAUUUUGGACAGAAGUGAUGAUGCAAUCACUCCUCUUCUCAAUCAGUGGACGUAUCAGGCCAUGGUUCAUGAGUUGCUGGGCCUUAAUAACAACCGCAUAGACCUGUCCAGAGUGCCUGGAAUCAGUAAGGACUUGCGGGAGGUGGUCUUGUCUGCUGAAAAUGACGAGUUUUAUGCAAAUAACUUAUACCUGAAUUUUGGUGAGAUUGGAACAAACAUCAAGAACCUGAUGGAGGAUUUCCAGAAGAAAAAACCCAAGGACCAACAGAAGUUAGAGUCUAUAUCUGACAUGAAGGCUUUUGUGGAAAACUACCCCCAGUUUAAGAAGAUGUCAGGCACCGUCUCGAAGCAUGUGACCGUGGUCGGAGAGCUGUCUCGUCUGGUCAGCGAACGGCAGCUGAUGGAGGUGUCGGAGGUGGAGCAGGAGCUGGCCUGUCAGAAUGACCACUCCAAUGCACAACAGAUGCUCAGGCGUCUACUGCAAAGCCCUCGUCUUUCUGAAAUUGAUGCUGUGCGGCUGGUGAUGCUGUAUGCGCUUCGCUAUGAGAAACACAGCAGCAGUAUUUUACCCAGCCUUAUGGAGGAGCUCAACCGCAAGGGAGUGUCUGAGAGACACCGCAAGAUGGUACAUGCUGUGGUGGAAUAUGGUGGAAAACGAAUCAGAGGAAGUGACCUCAUCACUCCCACAGAUGCUGUUUCCAUUACAAAGCAGUUUUUCAAAGGACUUAAGGGAGUUGAGAAUGUGUACACGCAGCAUCAGCCGCUUCUUCAUGACACGCUGGAUCAGCUGAUCAAGGGUCGUUUGAAGGACAGCCAGUUCCCAUACCUCGGGCCAAGUUCACUGAGAGACAGACCUCAGGACAUUAUCGUCUUCAUCAUUGGCGGAGCUACUUACGAGGAGGCUUUGACUGUUUACAACCUGAACCGCACAAUGCCAGGCGUCCGCAUCGUGCUCGGGGGCACACACAUUCACAACACUAAGAGUUUCCUGGAGGAAGUGAUGCUCUCUGUGGGUUCUGGCGGUGACCGGUCUCAAAUCGGAGGCCGUCAGAUGAGCCGGCGCUGAACGGUGAUGGAAAAGCUCAUUAUGUACACUCACACUCUAGUCUGAACCCUGAUCUGAGCACAAGUUUCCUCUUUUCUCUCUCCUGACAUUCCUUUAAAAUACUCCAGAUUGUUUUAGGGAAGAAAAUAGUAGCACUGCACAACAAGGAUUAAUUUUACAGUUUCUACACUAUUUAAUUAUCUAGGUUAAUGUCUUAUAAAUAUAAACAAUUAUGUAAUAUUAAUAAAUAUUCUAUUGUUAUUUUUUUAAUUUGUGUUCAUUCAUUAUGCAACAUGAAUUUAAAAAAAUAGUAGUGUUUGUGUUGAAAACACUGACCUAGAUUAUUAAAUAUUGUAUUACUAGUUCUUGUGUGUUAAGUAAUAUCAGAAUAACACAUAUUUUAAGUGAUGUGUGAAACACUGUAAAUGUCAUUACUUAUAUGACUGUGUGUAAAUAAUGUUUAUAUCUCCAGAAGUGUUCACAAUGACUGCUUUUAUUUAUUAGUUCUACUGCGUUUGAGUGUUUUUUGACUGUACAUAUAUCUGUAUAUAUAACUUGGGUGACCGUGAUGUGAAAUGUUGCAUCAAAAUUGUCCAAAACAAAUCUAUAAAAUCACUUUGCUUCAAAACCAGCUAAUUGUAAAAGCUAUUUUGAUCUCUUUAAUGCUUGGCAUUUGAACAGCUGUACCUAAUAAAGUGGCCGGUGAGUGUA